AUGGAUGCCGCCGUGAAAACCCUAGUUUUGGUUGAUUCAAACGAUGAAGAAACAAUCGCCCAGGAACUGGAACUGGAGCAAAUGAGGAGUAUAUUGGAUGAGGCGAUUUUGGAAACGCGCGGUACGCCUCUCGAAAAUCGACCGCGAAUUCCCCGCACAGCCCUCAGCAAGCGGAAUCGGGCUAUCGUGAGGGCUCUGAACCCAAUGCUGGUGACCUAUUUGAAAGCCAGCCGAGACCUUUGCGAGACGGACUCAAUUCUCUUUGGCACCGCACUGGCAGUCUGCCGUAUUAUAGGCACCAAACUUUCCACGGCUGGACGUACUACUGGACAAAGUAGUGCUAUCCCAGCCUGGAGAACAAGAAUUGAAGAACGUAUUGCAAAGGCUAGGGGCCCUCAUCGGCAGACUGAUAUGCUUCAGGUCAGGCAAUAUCAGACCAAGGAUUGUGCGCACCGUCAGGAUGGCGUUUGCUGGGACAAAUGUUAG